UCCAAACAGUGUCUGACGUCACAAUCUAUUAUCUAGCAAUUUUCAAGAGUACCUGCGUGUACCUGGGAUAUUUCGCUUAUGGUUUAGUACUUACUUAUACUAGACCCAGUGCGAAUGCUGGCCGUGGUUUUUGUCUGUCGUGCACGUGUUUGUGUAGUUCUGUAAAACUGGCUAUUCUGAAAGUUUUUUCAUUAAAUCUUUUUGAAUGGUCGUCAAGGACUCAUUCACAUCGAAAAUUGAACGCAUUUACGAGAAGUGAAAUUACGAGAGAAGUUUUGGACGGAAUUCAACCUAUUCAUACUUCAAAUCCAUAAACACAGAAAAAAUGGUUGUGUAUCCAUAUUCUGAGGACAAUUUAGACCCACAUGUCACUUUAUCUGUGAUAUCAGACAAAGUUCCCGAAAUGACAGACAAUCAGUUAACAGUGUCGACGAUUGUUGGUCUAUCGCCAGACUUAUCUAAUACCAAAGAGAUGGAAGCAGAAAAUGUUAAAGUUGAAUCUCUAUACAACGGCAAAUCUUUGGAGUCGAUAAAAUCCAUCACCGUUAGUGAAUCCGAUGCCGAAAUAGACGCCACGACGCUAGAACAAGAACGGUGGUACUCUAUAACUCUACAAGUCUUCAUUCCUUUCAUGAUCGCAGGAGUCGGGACAAUCGGUGCUGGAAUCGUUUUGGGCAACGUUGAGAACUACGAAGUAUUCCGAGAAGUCAAAGCUCUGUACAUCUUGGUGCCAUCCAUAAUCGGCCUCAAAGGCAACCUGGAUACGUGUUUAGCCUCCCGUUUAUCCACGCAAGCUAACCUCGGCAACAUGGAGUCUAAGCGCGAGUUGUUCAAAAUGGUGGUCGGUAACGUCGGGUUGGUCCAAGUACAAGCUAUAGUUGCGUCUUGUUUGGUUGCUAUAUUCGCUGUGGCGGCGUCUGCGGUAGUCAAUGGCGGCUUCGACUGGGGACACGCGUUGUUGCUGUCGGCUUCGGGAGUGCUAACGGCAACGAUGUCUUGUUUCAUCUUAGAUUUUGUACUAACUGCAGUGAUAGUCAUAUCUCAUAAACUGAAGUUGAACCCCGACAAUGUUGCCACUCCUUUUGCAGCUAGUAUUGGAGAUAUUGUGUCACUUCUAGUCUUGUCCACGUGGGCCAGUUUGCUGUAUACAAUUCAUGACAAAUACCCAUGGGUCAUGAUAGUCAUUGUGGGAGUCUACGUUCUAUUGAUAUUACCCAUAUGGAUAUUCAUCGUCAGGAAAAACAAAUACACAAAAAAAGUUCUAACUCACGGAUGGACUCCAGUUCUCAGCGCUCUUAUUAUUAGCGGAAUGGGCGGGUUGGUACUGGACUCCGCUGUUGACCAGUUCUCUGGAUUCGUGGUCUUCCAGCCCAUCAUCAACGGUAUCGGUGGCAACCUGGUGUCGGUCCAGUCGAGUCGCAUCGCCACGAUGCUCCACAAAACUUCCUUGAUGGGUGUGAUCCCUCCACAUACCAAGCAGUGGGUUUGGCCAUGGACGGCGCUCAUCAGAGGAGUUUUGCCCGCGAAGUCCGCCAGAAUCCUCAUUCUUCUGAUGAUCCCAGGGCAGGCAGUUUUUGUGUUCGUUGCUGAUCUUAUUUACAAUGAUGGAGUGUCGUGCGUGACCCCAGCGUUUGCCUUCUCGUACAUUGGAGUUAGUUUAAUACAAAUUGUUUUAUUGUUGUAUAUCGCUCACCUUAUGAUACACACUAUGUGGAGGUUUAAGAUAGAUCCGGACAACUCUUCGAUUCCAUAUUUGACAGCUCUGGGUGAUCUGCUGGGGUCUAGUCUUCUACUUCUCGCUUUUAUAUUCUUAAGGGAAAUUCACCAAGACUAUUCCCCGGUAGCUACCGAGGAAAGUUGAAUAUAAUUCAGUACUUAAUUUUAUGUGAUCGAUAAGGUUUUAUACUUAAUAUUUAAUUGUAUAUACAAAGAUAAUGUACAAAUUUAUAGUAUUACAUACGUUGAAUUUACACUCAACUGUAAAUUUAAAUGUGAUCCUAUUGCCAGUAAUUUUAUUUUAUUAAGUUGUAACACCAAUUUUAGUAAUAAACCAAACAUGGACAAUC